UUCGAGCCGCAGAAGGAGGAUAUCCGUGUUCUGAUGGAAAAUGUGGCGUGGCCCCCAGGGAUGGAGGAGAAAAGUGGUUUCAUUCAGAAAAAUGCAAGGAGAUUUUUGAGAAAGUAAUAAGCAAUCGCAAACUAAUCGAAGAGGCCUACACUUUUUUAACCGGCAAUGCGGGUAAGGGUAAUCAAAAUCCAGGGGGCGGUGGAGGUCAAACUCCAGAUCAGUCAGAAUUAGAAGUUUGCGACCGUUGUGGAAAAAAAUACGAUUUCAGCCAGAAAUUUCCUAAAUUUAAAAAAAAGGAAGAAGAAAAUGAAAAUUAUUGGUUUUGUUCGAAAAAAUGUUAUGACUGUUUUAAUGUUUGUGAUAAUUGUGGCAAGCUAGAAAGGCUGAAAGAAAAUGAACUUCAAAAAAAUCCGGGCAAGUUUGACCCCGAUAGUUUACCAAAUUGCGACCAGUGCGGAGAAAAAUUUCGCCUUGAUGAGAAAGGCUUCUAUACCAUUUACUCUUUUACCGGCAAUGAAAACCCAGAAAAGCCAGAGAAUAAUAGCGAAACCCAACAGACUAAUCGUCCAACAAGCGAGAAUGGGGAAGAGGAGGGGAACGAUAGUGACUUGGACAACCACUCGGAGUCUAAUUCCGACAAUAGUUCCGACAGCAACCCCGACCAAGAUGGGAAAAAAUCCGAUAAUAACCUGCCUAAAAACAUUCAGGAAAUUGCUAAUCUUCCCCUUUUGCAAGCCCAAGCCCGUGCCCGACAGGAAAUUGAAAAAUUGCUAAAAGACAAUGAUAUUUCCGACCACGAAUUAAAUCAAGAAGACUGA